AUGGGAACGGCAUUGGCAGCGAACGACCGAGACGGCCUACGUCAGUAUGUCGGGGAAGUCAUACCGGUCAGCUUCGACCCAGGGCUUCUAGUCCUAAGUUAUGUGAUCAGCCUUGUCGGCGCCGCAUCGACCCUGGAGCUGAUUCAUCGCCGCACGUCGAGAAGGGGGUACUACAACAACCUUCUCCUUCUCGGUGCCGCGGUGAGCAUGGGUGGUGUGUCCAUCUGGAGCAUGCAUUAUAUUGGCAACCGAGCUACAACGUUACUGCACGGCGAGCCGAACCUCCAGAUUGCCUACUCCGUUGGCGUCACAGUCGCCUCCUUCUUUGUUCCAAUAUUCGUGCUUCUCGUGGCAUUCUUCGUCGUCACGAGCACCAGCAGUAGCCGUAACAAUAACCAUGUCAGUUGGUGGCGUGUUACCAUGGCCGGAACGCUCUCCGGAGGUGCUAUCUCUGGCAUGCACUACCUCGGAAACGCAUCCAUCAGCAACUACCGCUGCGACUAUAUUCCGGCCUUUGUUGCCAGCGCUACGGUUAUUGCAGCGGUGGCAAGCACGGUGGCCCUCACCUUGUUCUUCGUGUUCAAAAGUGCCUGGACCAACUCGUGGUGGAAACGUGUCGGAUGCGCCGUCGUGUUGGCCGGUGCCGUCUCAGGAAUGCAUUGGUGUGCUGUCAUGGGCACGCAGUACACGCUGCUACACGUCGGCUCUACCAACGACACGAGUUCCCGAAAUACAACCGUCAUUGUGACGGCCUGUCUGUCCUUUGCUGCUUGCUUAAUCAUGGCGGGGCUCGCCAUCUAUUCAGCGCGGGUGCGCAAGGGGUACGCAAGAAGGGCCCAGCGCAUCACUGUGGCCGCCGCUGUCUUUGACGAACACGGGAAUAUUCUGGUGACUCCGGAUGGUUUUCUGCCAAGCGAAGUCGUGACUAGUACAUUCUUGCAAAAGAUGGGCCAACAUCUGGCUCGUCUCCCCCACACUGGUCGGAACGUGAGGACGGGCAUUGAACUUGUGGACAAUGAGGGUCAUAUCGUCGAACAUUACGACAUCAUUUUCCGAGAAUUGUUCUGCAUUGCGGCCUCGGAGUUGGCCCGCCAAAUGAGUGUCGAUCUUGUCGAUGUCGGUAUUCUGUGGGAUGAGAUUCUGUCCACGGGCGGUAGCCAACUCCCGAGUUCAAUCAGCGAAGCCUCGACAUCGACCGGCUCCGGGAGUCUCAAGGAUGACCCAGACGACGUAGCUGAGAAAGGAAACGCGCCAGGGAAACGCAGUGGCCAUGGGCACCUCAUGUUUCUUGUCCGCAAGGUGGAUAGCAGUCAUGUGGACCAUCUCGCAGCCUCGGGGUACUGCUUUGCAGAACCCCGUCAGGUGACGCAUAUAAUCCGGUCCAAGAUGCACAUUAGGACACACAAUUUGGAGGACAAGCUGAGAGGCAUGUACCAGUAUGCCCAUGGAAACAUGCUAGAGCCAGGCGUCCAUCUCGGUCUCUUUGCCGUCAGGACGCAGGUACAUCAAAUGGGCUUCGACAUACUCGUCAAGAAGGAAGCACGCAACCUUCUCCCGAGCAUUCAGCUACCGUUGGAUCGCCUGGAAUCUGCUAACGUCGAGUUCCUCCAGAGGCUAGAGGGAAUGACCCUUGGUGCUCUCCAUAGGCGGUUGGAACGAGCAGGCGACCUACCCCCGAAAGAUGCCCAGUUUGCUGGCUAUUUGUUGGAAGCAAUCCGGAAUCUUCGUGCAUCGGUUCAGGAUCCCACCAUCGACAACGCCAAGUUGGCGAGCAGGGUGACUCAGGUACCAUGUACAUCGCUGCCCGAAGAUACACGGCCAGCAACUUGUUCUUUCAUCGCCUUCACACUCAUGAUCCCGAUUCACAUGCGCCUCGAUGUGCCCACCUAUGACUUCAUCCCACUCCCCUUCUUCAAGACACAACAGCUGGUGUGCAAGAAUUCGCCACAUACUGCCGCGUUUGGCCGGUCAGUCCACCGCAGGUUUUCACCAAUAAUCGACUCAUCGUCAACCAAUACGACCUUGUUUAGUCCAGGCCGGGUACGAAAGUUCAUUUCCGUGCCCGGCUAUCUGCUAUUCUCGAGGACCGCUCGAUCUCACGCGGAUCCACUGAACCGGCCGUACUCUCGUCGCGGCGAUGGCCCCAAAUUCGUUUCAGCGAGCCGGGAUCCCAUAACGUUGAAACCUUGCGGUGAGAGCGUCUCGUCCCUUCUGGAAACCGCCGGGAGCGGACGCGAUUCUGAUCUUGUCUCGGACCGCAAGGCGCCGAGCGAGAUCUCGGAGUUGGCGGUAAAAACAGGCCGCAGACAGCAACAGCCCGCCAAAGGCACGUACGGGGGGAUUAUGGUCUCUCAAGAAGUCACUGUAGAUGUGGAAAAGGCGACAGAAACGACGAACAUAGUCCCAGAUAUCCCAUCGGCGACACAUCAGCGAGACUCUUCUCUCGGAGCAGUGAAGCUGGUGCGCCAGAAGAGCCAACGGGGUCUGAGUAAUGCCACCCAUGUUGAUGAUGGCCAGAACUCGCCUGAGUAUGGGCAGGAUAUGGAGCUGACCGAGGUCAAAACGGCGCUCGGCAUGGGCUUGACGCGUGUGGAGGUGAAAAAGGGUGGUGAUGACACGAUAACAACCUUCGUGGAUGACUUGUUUGCAAUCUGCAUAGAUACCCCCAGGCGGUUAUAA